ACACACACACACACACACACACACACACACACACACCCCUCAUAUAUGUAUACCAGCUGGGCCCACUUGCUGGGCCUUUCUCACGUAUAGGUGCUGUUCCAGCCAAUCAGUAAGCAUGCUUGCUUGUGGGGGCAGACAGUAGCUAGGUGUUACUUUCCUCAAAAGAGAAAGAGGUUUCUGAGGGGUGGGUCUCGGAAUAGGAUUGUCUUGGUGGGUGACAAGAAAUCAGCAGAAAGGGCUGAGAUUGAGGGCUACAGGCUUGUGGAGAGCUCUGCAUUCAACCAGAAAAAUGGAACAGAAAGUGAUUGGAUGUGGUGGGAUAUCGGUGUCAUCCUCCUGCCUCCUCUUUGCUCCAGCACAGCAAGUGCCAGGACACAUGGCCACAGCCUGUGGAGUCCCGGUACCUGUUUCCAUUGCCGUCAUGAAAUUGCUUCUUGGUGUCUUUACUGUCUGUGCACACCAGCAUUUCAGGAGUCCUGCCCAGCCCAGCAAGGCCCCAGCCAUGUCAAGCAAGGAACAGAAAGACAUGGAGAGACGUGCCAAGCGCCCAAGGGUUGAUCAGAAUCUCCCAUCAGAUGACUUCCAGAACCCAGAUGCAAUCACCCCCGCAAACAAUCCAGCAGUUGAUACCAGUGAGAUGGGCAGCUGUUCCUCAGGACCAGACGUGCAAGAGGCCAGGGAGCCUGUUCAGAAGAGGAUACCGGAUGUCAAAGGUGACGUUACUCGGUACCUUCUGGCAAAGAGGAAGCAGUUUGAAAAGGAUAUAAAUGCCUCUUUGAGCAGCCUGAAUGAAAGCCUCCAGAGUGUUUUCAAAACCCAACAGAAGUCAAGGCAGGAGCUUCACUCCAUGCACUCCCAGAUGUUUGAGUCUCUCUAUCACAAGUGGCUGGACGAGGUAGGGAGAGCAAGGGAGCAAGAAGAACACCUUACUCUUAUAGCUCAGCAGCAGAUGAAGAUUUUACAGAAAGCUAUAGAGGAUCAUGAAACCAGGAUUGAAAACGCUAAAGAUUUAUGUGACACAUUUUUGAAGAAAGCCAAGGACUUGAGUGAACAUCUCAAAGCUUUUAUUGGUGGUGAAGAAAGUGAAGUGAAGAAAGAAAUCUCCAAGGCGCAGGACAGAGUUAUCAUGGAAACUCUCCCACUGAUGACGUGUGGUGUGUGAUGGCUCCCAGCCCGCCCUCGCUAGGGGCGCUGUCGCCACCUGGACACCUUGGGCUGCUCAAGGAGCCUUCUAGGAAAGACAAAGACGUGAGGGGGAGCAACUCAGUGGUGCCAUUGAGAACCAAGCCCUUCACAACCCUCGGCUUCUAAGGUACUUUCACCGUGUCUACCCAUUAAGCGUGAGCUCUUUGUCCCUACCUUCCCCACCACCACCCACCACCCACCCCACGCCCCACCCAGGAUCCCAGUCACCACUGUAAACCUGAGGGGUUUUCCCUUUUUCCUUCCGGAGACUUAAACUCAGAGCUCCAAGCAUCCCGAGCAAAUCCAGAGCUGCAGGCUUUCCUGGUCCCUGGGGCCCCUUAGCCGCUACUCUGCUUUCUGCCACGUCAGCUCAUCUCCGAGUUGGACAGCUCUUGUAGGUGGAAUCAUUCGGCAAACCGUCCUCUUGAGUGUACCUGUGUCUGUCCGUUUCACUUAGCAUCCUGGAUUCAUGAUGUUUCACCCACAGUACACAGUUCCUUGUGUCUCACCUCGCCUAUGUAGCGGCUUGAACCAGUGCUCCUCCAUUCCUUUCCACACCCGAAUAAUAGUCCACUGUAUGCUAACAAGUCUUUGGAGAAUAUUAUUUUAAGCUGUGUUACUCUUGUUUGUGUAGCAUGAAUCUUAAAGAGUCUUGUUAAUAAAACCAACCCAGGGCCAGGUAUUGGGGUGAAUGCUGGAAGAUCAGAGAAGCAGAACAAGCCACAGCCACCUCACCUUGCCAGUUCCUCAGCUGAUCCCGUUUCCUCAGACUGGAAGGCUCUGAGUCCUCAUCCAAAUGAAUCUCAGCCGAACUGCUGCUCAAAAGCCUAAAGCUUAACCAGCCAAAUGCUUCUAGUUUCUGGUCUCCACACCUUAUAUAUCUUUCUGCUUUCUGCCAUCACUUCCUGGGAUUAAAGGCGCGAGUCACCAUGCCUGGCUAUUUCCAGUGUGGCCUUGAACUCACAGAGAUCCAUGCCUCCAGAAGGCUAGGAUUAAAGGUGUGAGUGCCACCAUUUUCUAGCCUCUGUAUCUAGUGGCUGUCCUGUUCUCUGACCCCAGAUAAGCUUAUUAGGGUCACACAAUAUUUUGGAGAACACAAUACCACCACAUUCCCCCCCCCUUUUUCUGUCUAAAAUUUAAAAAAGCUUAUAACUAAUGCAAGAAAAAAACUAUAUCCAAUAAGUAUAUACAAUAUAUACAGUCAAGAAUUACAUUAACGAUGUCUAGUCCAUUAACAUUUGAAAGAUUCAGACGAAUAACUCCAUUAAUAUAUAACAACGUCCAGUCCAUUUGCAUUUGAUAAACUCAGACAAAAAAUUCACUACUUAUCCUAUUUAAAACAAGUAGUUCCUUUUUAAAAGUAGAUUUAAUAAUUGACCUUUUUAUCUUAUCAUAUCCAUAUUCUCUUUUUUCUUUUCAUAAUAGAUUCAAUAGUCUACCUUUUGUCAUUUACAUAUCUUCCCCUUUUUCUUUUUAGAGUAGAUUCAAUGAUCUACCCAUUUAUCCUAUGAUUUCUUUAUCUUUUUUCUCAGAGUAGAUUCAAUAAUCUACCUCAUAUCUAUAUUCUCUUUUUUCUUUUUCUUUUUCUUUUUUAAACGAAAACUCUGGAUCUAAUCUCCUUGUUCAGCUUUCUUCCUGGCCAAUAACAAUUAACAACUUGUAACCAACCGUCAUAAACAAUGACAAUAUCCCUAACUUACUAAACAACCAAAAAACACCCACCCCACUUCUUGGGAAUGUGGGUGUUGUGUUCUUGAAAUUACUUCCUGCUUUCUGGGGGUGAAGACAUCUUUAGGGAAUCCUAAAGAGAAAAUUUUGGGGCUAAUUGUCAAGUCCUGAUAAAGUUAGUUGUAUCAUUUGUCCAAUCUCUGCAUAAUGGGAAAGUGCAGGGCUUGUCUCAAGUCCUUGCUCGAGUUGUCUAUGAAUCUGGAUCAUCUCAGCUAGCCAUCUUGAAAAUGUUCUGAGCAGUUUGUAGUCCAAAGUCAAUCUUUUGGUGGUGUUAAUCAGCUUAAUGCCUUUAUCAUAGUCCAUGUGGAAUCGUCAUUGUGGGCUCCUGUCAUCUUUUUGAAGAAUUCAAAGUUGCUGUUAAGCGUGGUCAUGGUUCCUGUAGAUUUUUAUUUUUUAUUUUUAUUUUUCGUGCCUCCUCUGUGGUUUGGAGCAAUCACAGUCUGAUAAAUAUCUGUCUCUCGGAACCAUGAAUGUUCUUCCCUAGAAGAGAAAAUCUUCACAGCAAUUUCUCCCCACCAUUUGUCUCGCCAAACGUUUCCAAACUGACCUUUGCCGAUGCUUUCUUGUAACACGAUGGUCCUGGCAAUUCUUCUCGGAACAAGCAGCAGUAAACCCUUCGUCCCAGGUAGCAGCAUCACCGCAGUCACCAACAUGAUGAGAAGCAGCUUGUAGCUCAGAGCAGAAGCCACCACCUCGGUGGUCCUGCCUCCACUGUUUUUGGUUUGGGCCAGGCCACAGCUUCUCCUUAGCAAGCCUCCCAGGCUGGCCUCAAACUCGGGAUCCUCCUGCCUCUGGCUCCUUCAAUAAAUCCAACCAGUGUGCCACCACAACCAGCCGAGGGUAGCUCGGGCCUGAGCUGGGGCCCACAAGGCCACAGGCAAGCGGCUUUUUUGUGAAUUUGUACCACGAACGUUGGGCGCCAGAUGUAGCAGGAAUCUUACAAGGUCUUAUUAAUUAACUCAAACCUAAGGCCAGUUAUUGUGGUGAAUGCUGGAAGAUCAGAGAAGCAGAACAAGCCACAGCUACCUCAUGUUUGUGUUUCAUUUGUUUAACUCUGUGAAGCUGUUACUGUGCCUGUCUAAAACACUUGAUGGUCUAAUAAAGAGCUGAACGGCCAAUGGCGAGGCAGGAGAAAGGAUAGGCAGGGCUGGCAGGCAGACAGAAUAACUAGAAUGAGAGAUCUAGAAGAAAAGAGGAAGUCACCAGAGAAGGAGGAGGAUCCAGGGGCCAGUCACCCAGCCACACAACCAGCUAUGGAGUAAGAAACAAAGAAAAGUUGGGGUAUUGUGCUUAUUUAUGCAGCUCAUUUAAAAUGCAGUGUAUGAAUAAGAAAUGAGGUUGGUGGUUAAUCUAUAAUGAUCAAACUUGUAGUCACAUUAGUUAUGUUUUCAAGGUUAAAUAGGUAUAUUUUAGAAGAAGUGGUCUUCAAACACUUCAAAGACCUAUGGAAUAUGGCAUUUAAAAUGUUUUGUUAACUUAAGGUGUUUCAUGACAAUGAGACACAUCUGCUCCUGGCAGCACCAAUUUCCUUCAGAGAUGAUGGGCAUCAAAGACACUCCUUAUGGAGUUUGCUUUCACUCUGGCAAGGUUAGCCACUGGGCAAAUAAUCUGCUCUUGCCUUUGACUGCUGACAGUGUGCUGUGCAGACUGGACUGUAGCUGGAGUUUUCUCCAGUCCUGCCCAGCACCAUGGGCCCUGCAACCACUUAUAAAAUAAUCACUCAGAAACUUAUAUUAAUUAAACUGCUGGGCCAUUAGCUCAGGCCUACCACUGACUAGCUCUCACACUUAACUCAGCCCAUCUCUGUUCAUCUAUAUGUCGCCACGUGUUCCGUGCCUUUACAUGAUGCUCCCUGGACGGCAGGCUGGCGUCUCCCCCAGCUUCCACCUCCCAGCCUCUCUUGUCUGUUUGUCCCGCCUAUCCUAUACUUCCUGCCUGGCUACUGGCCAAUCAUUGUUUUGUUUAUCAAUCAAUCAUAGCAACAUAUAUUCACAACAUACAGGACAUCCCACAGCACUGGACAUGCAGGACACACGGUGACCGCUGAAGUUUGCCAAAAUGAGGCAGAACAGUCCUCCAAAAUUCCUGUUUCACAGAAGAGUCUGUCAGAUAUUCUGCAGGACACAGAGAAAAGCGACUGAUGAACUUUGCCAAAACAAGGCAGGACAGUCCCUCAAAUUUCCCGCUUCACUGAAAAGCCUUCCAGAUACUCUAGGCCUGUAGGCUGAAGAUGGAUGCCCCAACAUUGCAGAAGAACUGUGCGUGACUGUCCAGGCAGCUAAAUGUUUCUGUUGUUAGGCAAUAUUAUUAAAGGCUAAAUAACUAGA